GAAAUGCACGUUCCUGAACAGUAAUUUUUUUUUUCAAAUUUUCUAUUUGCGGGAGUUUCUUUUACGGCUGCGGCAAUUGUUUGAUUAGGUUAUUCAUGGGAGGCUUUGUUGUUAGAUAGUUGUUUUUUGGGAGGGUGUUUGCUUGUUUUGUGCUUGAUCUUUGAAUUGCAUUACGACUUUGAUCGUUGUGGGUUUUCAAAGGUGGUGUUUGAUCUAGCUUGCUGAUUUUUCUGGGAGAUGAUUCUGUGAUUCAGGAUCAGACGAUGACUACGCGAAAUGCGGAAUCGUCUCAGGGAGAUGGCGGCAUUCCUCCUCCCCCUCCUCCACCGCCCGGUCCGCCUGAUCAUCUGUUUUCUCGUGGUGUCAAUACGGUUUUCAAGAGUGGGCCACUUUUUAUAUCAUCCAAAGGAAUUGGAUGGACAUCCUGGAAAAAAAGGUGGUUUAUUUUGACACGCACUUCCCUGGUUUUCUUCAGAAGCGAUCCAAGCACUGUUCCUCAAAAGGGGAGUGAAGUGAAUUUGACGCUCGGUGGGAUUGACCUCAACAAUUCAGGCAGUGUGGAGGUCAAAGCAGAUAAAAAACUCCUGACUGUGCUCUUUCCUGAUGGACGUGAUGGACGAGCAUUCACACUUAAGGCUGAAACCAUGGAGGAUUUAUAUGAGUGGAAGGCUGCACUUGAGAAAGCCUUGGUGCAAGCACCAAGUGCUGCUCAUGUGAUGGGGCAAAAUGGUAUCUUCAGGAAUGAUCAGAAUGAUUCAGUUGAUAAUUCUUUGGAACAGUUGAAGGAUAGACAACCUGCCAAAUCUACAGUUAUUGGAAGGCCAGUUUUGCUUGCUUUGGAAGAUGUUGAUGGAGCUCCAUCGUUUUUGGAAAAAGCCCUUAGGUUUAUAGAAGAGUAUGGAGUCAAAGUAGAAGGGAUCUUGCGUCAAGCUGCGUAUGUUGAUGAUGUUGAACAGCGAGUUUGGGAAUAUGAACAAGGAAAAUUUGAGUUUUCACCAGAGGAGGAUCCACAUGUCGUUGCUGAUUGUGUCAAGUAUGUCCUCCGGGAGUUGCCAUCAUCUCCAGUUCCCGCAUCUUGCUGCACUGCACUAUUAGAAGCAUUUCGAACUGAUCGUGGUGUUAGAGUCAAUGCUAUGCGUGGAGCAAUAUGUGAAACAUUUCCAGAGCCUAAUCGCCGCUUAUUGCAGAGAGUACUUGUGAUGAUGCUAACUGUGGCUUCUCACAAAGCUGAGAAUCGAAUGAGCACUUCAGCUGUUGCUGCUUGCAUGGCACCCUUGCUUCUGCGUCCCCUUUUGGCUGGAGACUGUGAAAUUCAAAAUGAUUUUGAUGUUGGCGGUGAUGGUUCUGUGCAGCUUCUCCAAGCAGCUGCUGCAGCUAACCAUGCUCAAGCCAUUGUUAUAACUCUAUUAGAGGAGUAUGAUAACAUAUUCGGGGAAGAGUCCAUGUCUCCUGAAAUAUACACUGACUCGGAAGAGAGUGGAAGUCAGAGUGAAGAGGCAACUGAUGACGAUGAGUCCUAUGGAGAUGAUGAACAUGGUGAUGCAACACAGGAGUCUGAUGCGGAUGAUGAUCUUGAAAAUGUCUCAAAUGAAUCCUGCAGCGAGAGUGGUGACUCUGGAGACGAAUAUUUCUGUGAUGCUAAGGAUUCUGGUGCUUCAAAUUCGGACUCCAAGUUCCCUGAAUCAGGUGGUGUUUCUGGAGCCAGUCAGAAGUUGUCAUCAACUUCAUUUGAAGCUUCACUGCCUCAACAUUUUGUUCCCAAAAUCGGGAGUCAUUCGAACCAAAGCAAUAAUGGUUCAAAAAUGCAGGCUAUUGAGUCUGCUGAACUACUAGGAGAUGUUUCUAAAGAACCAAUUUUGGUUCCUCCUCGUGCUUGUCCUGUUCCAACAUCAUGCUUUAAAGUACCUACAGCCAUAUCUAAUGUACCUGAACAUAAUGCUAGGCAUCAAUCAAUGUGGAAACGUACCUCUGGAAGGAAGAACCUUUCCAUGGAGUCCAUUGAUUAUUCUGUAGAAGAUGAAGUUGAAAUCCAGAGGCUUGAAGCCUCUAAAACUGAAUUGCAAAACAGAAUUGCAGAAGAGGCUAAAGGAAACACAGUUCUGCAAGCAAGUCUGGAAAGAAGAAAGAAGGCCUUGCACGAGCGUCGUCUAGCUCUAGAGCAAGAUGUCGCAAGACUUCAGGAACUGUUGCAAAAGGAAAGAGACCUGAGGGCAACUCUUGAAGCCGGAACUCAGACUUAUCAUGGGCAUUUACCUGGUUUAGCCACUAUUGAUGAAAAGACAAAGGCAGAGCUUGAGGAAAUUGCUCAGGCAGAGGCAGAUAUUAACAAUUUGAAGCAGCAUGUUGAUGACCUUGAAGCACAGCUUAAUCAAUAUCGUGAACAAAACUAUGGUUCUAUGCAUGCUUUGUACAAUCGACCGCAACAAACUCCAAAUCAUCAAGCAAAACUAAAAGAUAAACAGAAGGAUACUGAUGGCACACCAACUGUACUUGUUGAAGGGUCAAGAAAUAAGCAGGAAGCAAAUCCAACAACUGCUGCACUCUCCAAGUUGACAAUGAGGCUCAACUUUCUGAAGGAACGGCGUAGCCAGAUAGCAAAUGAACUCCAUGUUAUGGAUAAAGGCCAAGGAUCAGGUCAACUUGUCCAAAACCUGGACAAGAAUCAAGGAUUUGAAGUUCAAUCUGUCCAAAAUCCAGACAUAAGUGAAGGAUUGGACUAUUGUACAUUACCUGCCAACCCUCACAGAAAGGUGGGAACUGAAGGCCAAUCAAUUCAGAAAGGUUCAGAAAAUCAGAAGGCCAAUCUUUUCUUCCACCCAAGGACAAAUUCUAGAUGAUACCAGGUCUUAUACCAUCACUCGGUGAUUGUUUUGUGCAUUUCAUGUUGCUUUUGUAGUCUAACAAUCUGAUUCAUGGAAGUUGUUGGAUAGAAUUGACACAAGGUUGAGUUUGAUACCAAUAUGAAGCUCGAGUCUCUACACCCCCCAAGCCUAAUGAUGUACAGGUCAUCCACUUCCAUGACGUAAGCUUAUAUGUAAUCAUGAUUCCUGAUUUUUGCUGGAUCAAAGACAAAGCAUGGGUUUUCUUUUAAUGAAUCACAUCUGUAAUCUUGUUGUAUCGGUAAAUUGAAUAUCUAAUCUUAUUGGAGUUGCUUGGUGUAAAUGGACUAAACCUGGGGGAGAAAAUCCCAGGUUCAAGCCUCCCAUUUUGAAGGGGUUUUCUUUUCAUUGGAUGGAGGGAUGGAUAGAUUAAGUUAACAAUGACUUGUGUGUAUGGGAGGUGGUGUAUUUAACUGUAUAUAUGAUUUGCAUUUUCU